UGAUCGCUGCUUCGAUCUCCCCUUUGUCCAUCCUCGCCAGCUGGGUCUCAUCCGCCGACUCUCCGUUGUCCUGUCCUCCGUCUCCACAGAGCGAGUGCCUUUCCUCGACCCCCUCCAAACAAUCCCUGUCCCUCAGACCCUCAUCACCGAGAUGAAAUCGCUGUUCGGUUUUCUGGUCGCCCUCUGCGCUGCCCACGCUGGCGUGCUCGGGCUGACCCUCAACUACAUCACCGUGAACUCCUCCUACACUUUCCCAUAUGCCUCGAGCGUCGACAUCACCACCUCGAACCCGUCCAUCAAGACCGUCUUUAUGGUCAUUCACGGCAUCGCCGGCGAUGUUCAGACCAGCUUCGGCAACAUGGUCGCUUUGACCUCAUACGAUUCGUCCAUCGCCGUCGUCGCCCCGUACUUUGCUUGUGACAAGUCCAUCCCCAUCCAGGCCAACACUCUCAUGUGGGAUUGCAACGGUUGGCAGGAGGGCGACCCCAGCGCCCAGCUCUCCUCGAUCUACUCCUUCAGCAUGGCCGAUCGCCUGCUGCAGAUUGUCCGAUCCAGCUUCGCCAACCUCGGCCAGGUGUAUGUCGUCGGAUACUCAGCUGGCGGCCAGUUUGUCCAGCGCUAUCUCGGCGGCUCCACCGUUGCGCUCUCGUCCAAGCUCAACACCAACGUGGGCUUUGUGGUUGGCGCCCCGGGCAGCUUCAUGUACCUGGACACCCACCGAGUCAAGUCUGGCAUCUCGUUCAAGGCCAUCUCGAACGAGUGCAAUCCCUCGGGCUGCUCCCUCAGCAUAAGUAACUUUACCACCAACUACAACCCGAGCCCCUCCUGCCCCGGCUACGACCAGGACAAGUACGGCUUGAGCGACGUCCAGACCCAGGUGCCCUUCACCUAUCUCUCGCAGUUCACUGCCGGCACAAUCUCCACCCAAUACCAAGGCCAGUCGGUGACCUAUAUGGUCGGCAGCAUGGACACGGCCGUGGACUCGAUCUUGGAUACCACCUGCCCCGCCCAGGCCCAGGGCGAGAACCGCCUUCAGCGCUCCUUGGUUUUCAACCGCUAUCUGCAGCUGUACUUCCCACAGGCCUGGUCGGCUCCACAAGUCGUCGUCGGCUGCACCCACGACGAGCUCUGUGUUUUCCGCUCGUCCCAGUUCGCCGCUGCGACCAAGCUCACCUUCCAGAACCUGCCGUCGUCGAACACAACUCCCACAUCCAGAUCCAUGGGUGUUCCUCGAGCCAGCAUUCCGGUCCUCGGAGCUACAAUGCUGGCGCUCGGUACGCUGUCGAUGCUGUUGAUCUAGACUCGCUGCGCCUUGCUGUCGACACGAUCGAGUCCUCGCAGUCGAAUACGACGCUACCGCCACAGCUCUUUGCAGCCAUGCCUCCCCCUUCUCCCUCCCCUUAUACAGCCUCGGACCGUACGAGUUCCGAAUGAGAGGUCGUGCUCGCUCCGAUCUUGCCCCGCUCUACAGAUCCCCCCUUACAUUUUUUUGUUGUCCGUCUCUAUUCUUUGUCCAUGUCUCUCUCUGUCGAAAAAAAGUCGUGCAACAGAUGUAGUCGAUGUGCAGGGAUGAUCCCCUGCCAAAAUCGCUUCCCUCCCCAAUACACCGUAUUGUUGUGAAC